AUGUCUAAAAUCGCUGAUUCGUUGGCAAGAAUCGCCAUCCCACUAGGUCUCGCCGCUUCGGGCCUACAGUACUCCAUGUACGAUGUGAAAGGUGGCUCAAGGGCAGUGAUCUUUGACAGACUAAGUGGUGUUCAACAACAAGUCGUCGGCGAGGGUACCCACUUUCUGAUCCCAUGGCUCCAAAAAGCAGUUUUGUACGACGUCAGAACGAAGCCCAAGAACAUUGCUACCAAUACGGGGACUAAAGAUUUGCAAAUGGUGUCGCUAACGCUUCGUGUCCUGCACAGACCCGACGUAAUGAAGCUGCCGCUCAUCUAUCAAAAUCUGGGGUUGGACUACGAUGAAAGAGUGCUGCCAUCUAUCGGAAAUGAAGUCCUAAAGGCCAUUGUUGCUCAGUUCGACGCAGCCGAACUCAUCACCCAGAGAGAAACGGUGUCGCAACGUAUCCGUCAUGAGCUUUCUUUGAGAGCCAACGAAUUCAACAUCAAGCUGGAGGACGUGUCGAUAACACACAUGACUUUUGGUCGUGAAUUUACCAAGGCCGUGGAACAGAAACAGAUUGCGCAACAAGAUGCAGAGAGGGCUCGUUUUGUGGUGGAACUGGCGGAACAGGAAAGACAAGCUUCUGUGAUUCGUGCAGAGGGUGAAGCCGAAUCUGCAGACUACAUUUCUAAGGCUUUGGCCAAGGCUGGAGAUGGGUUGCUUUUGAUCAGAAGAAUUGAAGCGUCCAAGGAAAUUGCCAAAACUUUGGCCAACUCUUCGAACGUGACAUAUUUGCCAAGCAACCACAGCGGUAGUGGCGAUUCUCAAAGUCCUAACUCUUUGCUCUUGAAUUUGGGCCGUUAA